AUGCAUCACAUCUUGGAUGCAGGAUACGGUUAUGGGUUUGUCGUCGGACUGGGUGCGGCAUUCGCAUUCAUUAUGAUAUUUGUCACCAGGGUCUUGACCAAGUACAUGGGAGAGGUUCAGGAUUCGGAACAUUUCUCAACGGCUUCUAGGUCUAUAAAAUCUGGUCUGAUAUCCUCAGCCGUGGUGUCAUCAUGGUGUUGGCCUGGUACCCUUCUCUCGUCCUGUGUGUAUACCUACAGAUAUGGCGUUGCUGGCGGUUAUUGGUAUGGAAUUAGUGGAAUCAGUCACUCGAUGUUGUUCACGCUCAUUGCUCUGCAAAUGAAGAGAAAGGCUACCGGCGCUCACACAAUUGUGGAAAUUGUGAGGGCCCGUUAUGGCAAGGCGGCCCACUGCGUUUAUCUGUUUUAUUCUUGCGGCACCAACACGAUUAUAGCAAGCAUGCUUUUAUUGGGUUGUUCACAGGCCUUUGCGCACAUUGCGAAUAUACACAUCGUGGCUUGCGCUUUCUUAUUUCCUGUCAGCGUGGCUGCUUAUACAAUGUUGGGCGGCCUCAAAAGCACGUUCCUCAGCGACUGGAUCCACACGGUUGUGAUUUAUUUGGUUAUCAUAGCAUCUCUUCUCAUCUGCUAUUGCACCUCUGAUCUCAUUGGCUCGACAGAUAGAAUGUGGGACCUUUUGCAUACAGUGUCCAAAACUCAUCCGUCAGCCGGUCAUGAGGGAAGUUAUUUGACUUUCUCUAACAAAGCCCUAGUAAUGUUGGCUUGGAGUCAGAUUAUGAGUGGAUGGGCAACAGUGUUUGCAGACCCAUCUUACGGUCAAAAGGCAAUUGCUGCGAAGCCUAUGUCAACUAUUUCUGGCUAUGUCAUCGGAUCUCUUUGUUGGUUUAUCAUUCCAUGGAGUUUUGGUCUAGGAACUGCUUUGGCGGCCCUAGCUCUCACAAACAAUCCAGUGUCCCCCACUUAUCCACAUCUCAUUCCUGCACAAGAAGUUAACAUGGGAAUGCCGCUACUUUAUGGCCUUUACGCAAUAAUGGGAAAAUCCGGAGCCGCUGCUGGUAUCUUGGUCCUUUUCCUGUCAUGCACUUCUUCUCUUUCCGCGGAACUUGUUUCUUUCUCUUCGGUCAUUACGUAUGACGUGUACAGAGCUUACAUUAAGCCAGAUGCCUCCGGUAAGCAACUGGUCACCGUCUCUCAUAUUUCGGUGGUAGCGUUUGCCUUGUUUAUUGCAGGGUUGACGAUUAUGUUCAAUUACAUUGGAAUUACCAUUUCAUGGAUUUUGACGUUUAUUGGUAUUAUUUUGGGCGCCGCCCCCGUUGGUAUCACACUGACACUGUUCUGGCCAAAGAUGAGCACGUACUGUUUCUAUUAUGCCUUGCCAUUAGGCUCCUUCACUGGCCUCGGAUGCUGGCUCGGAGCAUGCAAGCACCUCUAUGGGACCGUUAACAAGGACAACCUUGGUCUAGUAAAUUCGACCAUUAUCGCCAACUUUUCGACCUUUGGCGCUACUGUCCUUUAUUGCGUUAUAAUAAGCUUUUUCUUCCCAGCCGGCAAUUCACUGGAGGAGCUCCAAGACAAAUUCAGAGUCGCAGACGAUGCCACCGCUCACGAGAAAAGCCUCAUGCAACUAGACAAGCAGACGAAGGCAAAAUUGGACAGAAUUUUCAAGUGGGCUGCUCUUGGCGUAUUUGGCAUCUGGAUAUCAUUCACGUUUGUGCUCCCUUUCCCAAUGUACGGUCAAAAGUAUAUUAUGUCCAAAUCGUUCUUCAGAGGAUGGGUCGUUGUAAGCAUUAUCUGGCUAUUCAUUGCUUUCCUUUACAUCACCUUCUACCCCAUUUAUGAGAGCCGUUCCGCUUUGUUACACUUCUACAGAAGAGUCGUUGGGAAGGAACAAAAGGCGAGCACCGAAGUGUUUUUGUACGGCCAAGAGGUUGAAGGUUCAGCUUCGAGUGGUAAAGCGUCGGUCAUCGAGCAAAUCGCUGAAAAAAGAGAUGAAGAUGCUUGA